UGAAGGCAACUAUUUCGCAGUGUAACGGGUAGAUCUAAGCAGCCCUCUGCCGGCUUAUUAAAUUGUCGCAGAGAAACUCUACUGAGAUUAUAGUCAUCGGUCUAGAAUAGCGCUAUAUCACUCUCACUUUGGUGUGAGGCAGUUUGGUAGUCAUGGCAACCCAAGAUGUAUCAUUUAUCAUUAGUCUAUUGGUGUUUUUCUGUCUAUGCAGUUCUUCGUAUUGCCAGACAACGGCAGUACCUGAGCAGUCAACACUUGUCCAACAACAACUCACAGAUGGCAUAGUUUCCACAUCAAUUCCAGAGAAGAUUGUUGUUACUUCAGCUGUACAGGCAACUGAAAGGCAGCGACGAGAUACUGCAGCUGAACAGCAGUCAUCAUCAUCAGCGGGUGUGGGACAUCAAUCUACGACUCCAAAAACUAUGACUGAGUCGCCGAUCACAUGCCCAUCAAUUUGCAUAUGCAACACCGUUGGUGCUAAUGUAGAGGUUGAUUGUUCUGAUCGGGGUCUGCAAACUGUCCCACCUGACAUUCCUGAAUCUACCACCGUGCUAUCACUGAAUAAGAAUAAUCUUAACAUACUGUAUGAUAAUGCGUUUUCCUCACUUCCCAAUCUGGAGAUCCUACAUCUUUCACAGUCCCAAAUUGAAUAUCUGCCAGCUGGGACAUUCAACGGACUCACCAAGCUGAGAAAUUUGGAUCUGAGUGGAAAUAAUAUCGAUUCUAUAAACAGUCUUUUUGUGGGACUAUCACAGCUUCAGAACUUGGAUCUUUCUGUCAAUAAUAUUCGGAGCAUUCCUAACACCGCCUUUAGUCAGCUUUCUAGUCUGAAGGUACUAGACAUGAGCCGGAACAAACUUUCUACUAUAAUUCCUGGGACUUUUAUUGGAACAGUUAUUCUGCAGGAGUUGUAUUUAUCCAGUAAUAACAUAUCCAGUCUUUCAAGCUUCAUGUUUGAUAACUUGAGUAACUUACGGGAAUUGGACAUAGAUCUUAAUCCUGUAACGUCUCUACCACAGUUCGUGUUCCAACAUCUGACGUCUCUUCAACAGUUAUAUCUGAACUCAUUGCAACUGAGUACCAUCUCUGACGACGCCUUCCAAGGGUUGACUAGUCUUCAAAGACUAAGUUUGAGCAGCAACAGAUUGGAUAGUUUGUCCAUUGCUAGUUUGUCUCCUCUCUCCAAUUUGACAGACUUGCUUUUGAGUGCAAACCCUUGGAAGUGUGACUGUAAAAUGAAGCAACUCUAUGACUGGCUGACCGACUCGACGAUCAACUUUUAUCCCAUGAAUAUCCUGUGUCUCUCACCACCCCAUGUUGCUGGACAGGUCAUCCAAAUUGUCAAAACCAGUAGUUUUGCUUGUGAACCAUUUAUUACUCAGCCUCCACGUGAUACAUUGAUUGUGGAGUUUAACACUGUGGAAUUUACUUGCAGUGUUCUAGGCGAUCCCCAACCAGAUAUUCAUUGGGAAACUCCAUUGGGUGAGUUUAGUGAGCAGUUAACAGAGGGUAGAGUACAUGUGUCUUCAGUGACAGGUUCAUCAAUGCUGACCCUUGACAAUAUACAGAUUGGAGAUGCUGGGAUAUAUGCCUGCAUUGCAAAUAACAGUCGUGGUGAAGAUACUAAGCAGGCGGUGCUGACCGUCCAAUCAGCUGCACCCCAAACUGUGAAACCCGUCACCACCAAGGCAGUAGUACAAUCGACACCUGCACCGGGACAUUGUAUCCCUCCAGAUUUGCAAUUUCACAAACUUCUAGUCACUGAAAACUCGAUCAAAGUUAAGUGGGUGCCAGAUUAUUCAAGAGUUGUGGGUGGGUACACCAUCAAAGUUACCAAAUUUGGUGAUAUUUCAACAGUUUUCAGUGAAGUUUUCAAUGCCAGCACCACAAUGUACAAUAUACUGGGACUGGAGAGUCUUACACAGUAUGUCAUUUGUCUCACACCAGAGCUGCAUGGCUGCAAUGAUGUAACAAUCUAUGAUAACUGUGUACAUGUUACUACAUAUGGAGAGAUUCCACAUCCAUGUGUUCAUGUGCCUAUCAGUGUUGCUGUGGAUGAAAUAACCAAUUCCAGCAUUCACAUGAAGUGGUCAUCUACCAAUAUUGACGACGCGGUGGGAUAUAUCAUUCAGCUGAAUAAGUUUGGCAUUGAUGUACCCGAUAAAUUGAAGGCUGCAAAUCUGUCUGUUAACUCGUAUAACUUGCUGGAUUUAACAUCGGGCACUAAGUACAUUGUGUGUGUUACCGUACACAUGGGCACCUGCCCCAGCAUCACCACCGUGGAUGAAUGCAAACAAGUCACCACACGAGGGGAACUGCCAGUGGAUGAUGGACAAGCUAAGAUUGAUGCACUGAAAAAGAGACACGUCUUUGAAAUUAUUGGUGUAUUUUUCGCAACGGCAAUCGGCACUUUGCUCAUUCUGGCCUCCAUCUUCGUAAUCUGGUGGAGAUACAAGAAACCCCCAUCCCUGAAAAAAUACGAGUUCCAUAAAGAAAUCAAGAAUCACCGGUCGGAUGAUAAUGAUGAUGGACCGAUCCAGCUGACUGCAGAGAUUACAUCGGAUCUCAGCGAGGGAGCAAGUGCCAGUUAUUUCCCUUCUGACGGAGGGUAUGUAAAUCAGGCAUCUUUUAUCGAUGCAGGUGAUGAAAUCAGUCCAUAUCCAGCUGUUCAAAAAAAGCCUAAAACUAAACCCAGAUCUAAAAAAAGGAGACCAGAACCAGUGGGAAAAGAAGACCAGCAGCAUAUUCAGGAUCAACCGCCCACUUAUGCAAAUGAACAUGUUGUAGAAGUGUAUACUCCAAAGCAUCAAGAAAACACCGACAGCAAAGAAAUGAAAGAACCUGAAGAAAAUGUUACUCAUUACGAUAAACAAAAUUUGAAGAUGGACACACUUGAUAAUGCAAAGUCUCGUAAAUUUGAACAGAAACGCGGGAACGAGGAAAUGCUAAAAAAUAAGAAAAACAGAAGAAGCACAGAUGACGCCGUGCUCAAUGGCGAUGCAGCUGGAAUAACAUCUGAUAUUGAUGUGACUGUACUUUAAUAUGAAUUGAAGAUUCUAAAUGUCUAAUAAGAUCGUUUGUAUAUUUUUAAUUUUAUAUAUCAGAUUUACUAUCACCAUUUAGUUUUGUUUCUGUAUUAUAACAAUUAUGAAAUUGCUGGCUAAUAUUUAGAGCUUUGUAAGGUCCAACAUAGUCACUCAGUAGACCAUCAUUUGAAAAGUUCCUUUUAAAUUUCAUAGCUUUAAUAACAGCCUUUCAAAUUAUUAAAAAAAAUCCAGUCCAAUGAGUCAAAAUGAAGAGCUGCGAUUGUUUGACAUUGGAUGCUAAACCUCGAAAACUGCAUGAUGGUUUGGGAUUGGAUUGUUUUUUUUUUUUAUUAAACUCAGAAAUUAACAUUCAUAACAUUCCAACUGAAUUUAAUAAGUCCAUGUGAACAACAAAUAACGACUUUACCCUGUUUAACAAUUGGAAUACAUACAUAUAUGCAUAUCAAUCAUUUUUUGAAAAUGAACAAAUAACAUAUUCCACACGCCGCCAUUAGCUCUCUGAUGGGUCAGUUCAGAUGCAGUAGUAUUACCAAUUUUAAAGGAUGAUAAAGUUAACAGUAUUAGAAAUGCAUUGAGAAUUUACCACAUGACCAAAACAGUAUAAUUUGACGCUGUUUUCAAAAGGCACUAGUUUGAGGAACUUGACAUUUAUUUAUUUUUAACAACCUUGCACCAUUAAAUAAAUUUUACGAAAGUGUCUAUAUACAAUAACAAAAUACCAUAAUUAUGACUCAAAUUUUCUGAUGCACCUGACAAAGCAUAAUCAACUGAGUAUAUUAUAGAUAUAUUAUAGUCAUAACAUUUUUUACUGUAUACAAGCAAUUUAUUAAAAGAGUGCCUUGUUUUAAAAAAUAAAUUUAAGAAUGGUUAAAUGCUCCAAAAGACUGUGAUUUAGUGUUUGUACUUCUAAUGUAACUAGCCAGUGAGAGAAACUGCCGCCAGCCUAUUUGUGAGAGGUGGGUGGUUGUGGUGCCUGUUCAGGGGGGGGGGUCAUAGAAGGAUAGGACUUUUUUAAAUUUAGGUGAAAUUUAGCCGACUGGUGGCCAUUUUUGUCAAAAAAUUUAACAUGUCAUCAACUGUUUCUCGGCCAUGCCUGUGCCAAUUCCAUUCAAAUUGGGUGAGAAUAUCACUCGUGGGUUAUUGAUUCACUUCACUUCAGUUUAUGAUUUGAUUCUUAGAUGGCUAAAAAAAACAUGUCAUCAACAGUAUCACAUGCAUGACUUGACUGAUUUCAGUCAAACUGGACAUUGACUCACUCGUGAUGGGUUUCUGAUGCACAUAAGGUCAUUUUGUGAUUUAAUUGAAAAUGGUUGACGAGCAGCCAUGUUGGUUUUAUUUUUAGGUGUCCAUUUCUCAGACAUUAACUGAUUUUGGUAUGAACAACACAAAUGGUGUAUAUUUCAUUCAACAAAUCCUGGAUAAGGUGCCAUUUGAAGUAACUGAAAAAGUAAACAUGACUUUGUCAUUGACAAUGACUGACUUGUUCAACAUUUCCUAUUCAAGCAAAAAAUAAAUUGCAAAUUAAAUACGAAAAAUGUAUUUAAAUAUUUAAUUCUUCUAAAUUAUAACGAGAACAUCGCAAUAUUUUAAUAUACCGGGGUAUACUUAUUAGUUAACUAUAACUAACUAACCUAUCAGUACAUUUACUAUUUUAUUAUGCAAGAUGAACUUUGACCUACUUAGGUUCUGGUUCUAGUGAGAGUGAAAAUUUAAUGUAUUUUUCUACACUACUUUGUUUAAUUCUUCAAAUAAUUAUCUUCCAUCCAUCCCACCUGAAACUGUGAUGUCAUUGUUAUUUCUUCUGUCAUUGUUAUUUCUUUUUAAACUGUGUACAUAACUUCUUUCA